UUGCUUUCCUUGUCUAGCGUCAUUAGAUAAGAGGGCGAUAACGUGCGACAAGGACAGACAUAUCUGUGCGGUAGACAAGGAGAGCAACAGCGUGCGACAAGGAUAGACAUAUUUGCGCGGUAGACAAGGACAGAAAUAGCAUGCUACAAGGACAAUAAUAUAAAUUAGUCAUCUAUCCUAGGAGUGAUCCACACGGUGCAUGCUUAAUAUGUGCUUUUGUUUAUUAUUUAAAGCUAAGUUACACGUGUAAUUUUAUUUGGUUAAGUUGUACAUAUACAUAUAUACAAUAAAAACCUCAAUUGUUUGCUCUUGCAAUAGGUACAUAAAAUCUGACCACUUAAAAUUAUUAUUUAUAAAUAAAAUACAUUUGUAUAUAUAUAUAAAAAAACUAGUAAAAAAUGUGUGAAAGCACUGACGAUGAUUUACAAUUGUGUCCUACAACACUGGCUGCUUUAAAUGAGUUUCUUAAAGAAAAGGCAGAAAGAGAAAAUCAAUUAAAAUAUAUUUUAGGAAAUCAAAAUUUAGAUAUUUCUUUUGAUGAGAAUUGGCAACUAAGUCAAUUUUGGUAUGAUGAAAAGACAACAGAUACUCUUGUAAAAGGUGCUAUACAAUGUACAAAAUAUAAUGGAAAAAUUGCAUUAAUAUCUUGCCCUACACUUUAUAAUAAACUGAAGAAAAAUUGUGGUGAGAGACAAGUAACCCUUUUUGAAUAUGAUGAACGUUUCAGGAUAUAUGACUCCGAUUUUAUAUCAUACAACUAUAAAUUUCCUUUACAUGUACCUAGAAAUUUGUCAAAUUUUUAUGAUUUGAUCAUAGCUGAUCCACCAUUUAUUUCUGAUGAAUGUUUAACAAAAACAGCCCUUACAAUCAAAUUCUUAGCCAAAAAGAAAAUUGUGCUUUGUACAGGUGCUAUUAUGAGUGAAUUGGCAGAAAGAUUAUUGAAUGUUAAAAUUUGCAAUUUCAUACCUCAUCAUCAAAAUAAUCUUGCAAAUGAAUUUUACUGUUAUUCAAAUUUUGAUUUUGAUAAAAUGUUAUCAUAAAAUGUAGUAGAGUUAGCGUAAUAAAGAAAUUGUAGUAUUCUAUGUAA